AUGUCACAAAUUUUGGAUUUCGAGGCUGUGAAUACUGUGCAGGCGUCCCCGUUCACACCGAGCCUCCUAACACCCGCGCCAUCAACACCGGAGCCGCCUACGCCAGCGGAAGCCCGUGCUGGUCGUCGAGAUGAGGAUCGACUAAAUACAAAGUCAUGGGUGUGGGAAUACGGCUUCGACAUCGAGAAGGACUUGGAGCGGCGAUGGGUGUGCAGACUGUGCAUUGAAAGGAACACGCCAAAGCCCGGCAAUGUCAUUGCAAUAGGCACCCAGAAUGCUGAGCGGCAUCUCUGGGAGCAGCACAAAGUCCAGGAUCCUUCUGGCAAACGUUCUGCACCAGCAUCUCGCAAGAAAUCAAUGACAGGAUACCAGACGAUAACGAAAGCCCUCAAUCUCGAUCUGACGGCGCAGCGAGAGCAAGCAGUUGCGAAUCGCUUCAUCAAGAGCUUUGACAGGAAUGUCUUUCAGCGUCUAGUGGUCGAAUGGAUUGUCGAGAGCAACUUGUCGUUUCGAGAACCCGAGAACAAAAGGCUGCGCACCAUUUUCGAGUACCUCAAUCCAUUCGUUGCAAGCACUGAUGCCCAUGUGGGCCACAAUACAAUCCGCAAGCGUGCAGUUGCCGAGUUUGAAAAACACAAAGGCGAGGUUAUUGAGAUAUUGAGAAAUGCGCCUGGCCUGAUACAUAUUUCCUUCGAUGGCUGGAGAUCGCGGAAUAAGCACGCAUUGUACGGCGUCGCAUGCUUCUUUCGAAGUGAAGAUGGCCAGCCUCGAAAGCUUAUUCUUGGGGUGCCUGAACUUACAGUUCGACACUUUGGAGCCAACAUUGGACACGAGAUCAUCGAAAUACUGGAGUCGUACGAGAUCCCAGACGAGAAAGUUGGGUACUUUAUCCUCGAUAACGCGCCAAACAAUGACACCGCAAUGAAGACUAUUGGAGAGAGAUUUGGCUUUCGCAGCAUGGAACGGCGGGGCCGUUGCUUUGGUCAUGUCAUCAACCUUGUGGUGAGGGCCAUCCUAUUUGGCAAGGAUGUUGAUGCAUUUGAAGGCCGCUUAGGUCAUGGAGAUGUAUCUGCUACGACUGAACAUGAGCUCUGGCGGAAGAAAGGGCCGGUCGGAAAGCUGCACAACCUCGUGGUUGCGAUCCACAGGUCUGAUGUGCUUACCUCUCUUCUCCACAGUAUCCAACAGCUGGAAUUCGCUGCAUCGGAGGAUCCUAGGAUCAGAACUCGGAGACCACUUAGCGUGGUCGUAGACAAUGAAACCCGUUGGCUAUCGCAGUUUUACAUGAUCCGGCGAGCCUUAAAGCUUCGACCGUAUCUCGAGACACUGGUCCUAAAGCACAAGCAGGAGUGGGAAAAGGAAAACACCUCGAAGCGGUCUGGGCGACUCAAGGCAAGUGUGGUCAUGCCUGCCAUAUGUCGCGACGAGAACAAGCUCGACGACAAGGACUGGGCCGUUCUGGACGGCUUGGGCACUAUCCUUCAGAGCUUCGAGGACGCGGUCAAGGCGCUUGAAGGUGACGGAAUUCAGCGAAAGCGCAAAAGCGGGCAUUUGGAGUCCUAUGGUAACGUGUGGGACGUGAUCGUGGGAUACGAAUUCCCGCUGGCUGAACUGGAGAAAGCCAAAGCUAUGGUCAAUCAGUGUCCUGAACCGGAGCACUUCAGCGUCAAUAUUAAUCUUGGCUGGAAGAAACUCGACGAAUACUAUAACAAGCUAGAUGAGACCCCAAUCUAUUACACGUCGCUGGCACUGCACCCCGCUUAUCGGUGGGGCUAUUUUGAGAUGGUGUGGUCUGGGCGGCCGGCAUGGAUUUCCAAGGCAAAAGAUAUGGUACAGUCAGUUUGGGACAGAGAGUACAAGACAUUGGACAUCUCAGUGGUGGAGCAUGGUGAACCAGCUACAAAGCGUCGACAGACACAGUACUACUCUCCAUUCGAACAAUUCAAGGAUGAGGCCCGGAUACGUCCUAGCGAAGAGCGGGACUGA